UCUAUUGGAAUGGUUAGAAAAGAACGUGUGUUUCGAGUGAGCUUUUUUAUGUAAUUUUAUGUCAGUUCUCAACAACAUUUUAUACCCGAUAUAAUUACAGCUAUGAGAUAUUCCUCAGGAAUAAUACUUCUACUUCUAAGUUGUGUUUUUGCGACUGAAAAGUUGGUGCCCCAUUUCGACAACGUAAAUCCCGAGGUGGGUUAUCAUGCCAUUGUAAAGGAAAAUGAGAAAACUGUUGAAGUCACACCCAGAAUCCGUGUAGUGAAUGUUGAACCUGUUCGAUUUCUGGUAACCAGUAAGCAUCAUGGAGAAGUUCCAUUCAGAGUUCAGAUAACUGACCCGAGGCAAGGAGAUGCCAUUCUUGUAGCAGAGAAAAGUCUGAACUGUGAAAAAAGGAAGUCCUACAAGUUUGAAAUUGCUGCUGUGGGACGCAAUGGUGAAGUCUCUGAGAAUGUUACAGUACACCUCACUGUGGAGGAUGUGAAUGAAUAUUCCCCUGUCUUCCCACAUGGUCCCUACAUUGUGGACGUUGAUGAAAAGCGAUUAUAUGAUACCAUCAUCCAGGUGAAAGCAGAAGACCGAGACUGCACUCCUAAGUACAGUGACAUCUGCAAAUAUGAAAUCCUUACCCCUGACCAACCCUUCACAAUAGAUUCUGAAGGACGGAUUAAGAAUACGGAACCGUUGUCACGGGAACAAAGCCACAAUCAUAUCCUGAGGGUUGUAGCUUUUGACUGCGGCAUGAAGAGGUCAAAACCUAUAAAUGUGAACGUCAAAGUGAACAAAGUUUGUCGUCUUGGUUGGAAAGGUGCCAGCACAGAAAGUGUGGAUCUGCUCCCCACGCCUGAGCUUGGAGCCUCGUGGACGAGGAAUGUCCCCAUGGACGAUGGUCACGAGAGCGACCAGAUUUACCAGUUUGAUGGCGCCACUAGCGUUGUGGUCCCCGAGACGGUGUUAAACCACAACUUGACGAACAACUUUACCGUGGCCUUCUGGAUGAAGCACGAGCGAUACCCUGAGCCCAACCACACAUCUCACCACAUGAAAGAGCACAUCAUCUGUAACGCUGACGAUCAUGUUCACAAUCGCCACCACUACUCCAUCUUUAUCCGGAACUGUAAGCUGAUUCUUCUUCUGCGACGGGAGUUCUAUCAGGGGGCAGACAGAGUUCACAAUUAUGAACUGAUUCUGCGACAGAUCCUGUACUUUAAUCACAAGCCUGCGUAUUAUCUGAACCGGGCUUUUAAACUGGUUUGUUCUGAACUGAACAGUCGUUUCAUCAGCAACGAAUACAUGCAGACGGAACUUACAACCAACUCUAAAAAGACACAAGUGACCAUUGAAGGAGAGAGUCAAGAAAACUUGGAAAAACUAAUGUCUGAAAUAAUGUAUUUAAACACAAGAGAAUUUCCUACACCUGGUCAUCGUAACUUGUACAUUGACACUGAUGUAACGUGCUCUAAUGGAAAAAGGCAGAAAGUUCCAGAAAUCAGAAGUUACGUGAUGGUUCUCAAACCAGACCAGCCAAGAAUCAGUAUCAAUGGCACUUCUAACCUAGCUAGGGAGUAUGAAGCCUUUAAGCAGGGUAUUGAACUUUUCAAUACAAUAUCCCUUACAGUUAACCAGCACCAUGAGGAGGAGUUCUCUGAUGUAGUGGUCAAUAUGGACUAUAAGUUGGACAAGUGUUCUGUACAGGUUUAUCCUCCUCUAAAUCCUGAUCAUGAAUAUUUUCAGCUGCCAGAAAAUCUCCUGAUGCAUCUUGGAAUCCAUCACAGAGACAAUAAAGGAGGACUGAUUAUCUAUGGUGAGUCAGAACAACUCGAGUUUCAGAUGAAUGAGAGAAAAGCAAAUAAGACCGCCUUCCAUUUCCGUGGCUAUCUUGCUGGUUUGUCGCUCUUACGAGGCCAGACUGAAAACCCAGAUGUCUUGUCUUGUUUAUACCAGUGUAAGGAAAGUCUUGAAGAACCACUGACUGAUCUUUUGGAAUCAGGAAUGGCUGCCCUCUAUGUGGAUGGACAUGUAUUUAGUGCUUCUGUUAACAACCCAGAAAUUAUUGAUGAUUGGCCUUUACAUUCAAUUAAGGAUGUCAAUAGUGUUUUUACUUUAACGGUAAUUCAUCCACGUGCAGAACCUAGUCAUGAGAUAGAAAAUCAGCUCAAUCCUGUAUCAUUUGCUCAUGCCCAAGUUAACCAGCACAUGGUAGAUAGUCAAGUUCCUCAAGUCAAGUCAGACAACAUGAAUGACAAACAUCUGGACAGUGGAGAAACUGUAACCAAGACUUCUGCUAGUAAUGCCAUGACCAUCAUUAUAGUGGUUUGUGUUGGCUUCCUCGUCUUCAUGAUUGUACUAGGAGUUAUCCGUAUCCGUGCAGCUCACCAUCAAUCUCAGGAUUCACGAGAUGAUGAGCAAGAGAUGGCUUGGGAUGACACAUCCCUCACAAUCACUGUCAAUCCCAUGGAUCAAAUUCUAGAGCAGAAAGAAACUCAACCCGUUCAAGAGGAUGAUGAUAGUGAUUCUGAUGAUGGUAGUAACUAUCAUGAUGGGGAGAGUUCUGAGGAAGAAACUGAGAAAGUUAAGGAGCGAGAGCUUGAGUGGGAUGACUCAAAUAUGUCAUUCUAACUUUAGUUUCUUCUACUGUUCCCCCUGCUACUCCCUGCCCCUCUUGUUGAUACACCACCUAUGAUGCAUAAGUGAAUACAUGUACCUUUAAACCAGAAGCGUAUCAUGCUGAAAGAGAAAAUUUUUGAUACAUUAGUUUGCAUAUUUUAUUGCUUGCUUUACAUCAAGCUGUUUUAUUUUUCUCUGUUGCUGCCUACAUAUAUUUGAUUUAGAAAAAUAUUUUUGUUAAUUAUAUAAUGAAUUAUGUAAUAGAAAGUGCCAUAACGAGUUUUAGAUUAUCUUUUGAUUACAUCUUUGUAACUGUUAGAAAAUAUAAUUGUAUUUCUUAGGAAAAAUAUUUAUUGGCACAUUACUUAAUAGCACCUUUAGACAUUGGUUUCAGUUCUGCUGUAGAGCUUUGCUUUGUAAAAAUGAAUAAGUAGAUUGUGAUAAGCACUCUGUAGCGAUUCUCUACAUCUUCCACCACUCUUAGCGAUAUUGCAAUACCAUGUACAACUAGGUUGACCAUUCUCGUACCUUAGUUAUGUUGUAAGGGACUUGUGAACUUGCAAAGUGAGCUAAAUAACAUAUCCAAAUCUAUCUGUUGAUAUUUUUCCUGUUUAAAAAAUCUUAGUGUUUUACUACAACUUGUGAGAGCAUUCUUUCUUGUAAUUUUAUUUACUUGUAACCGUGUAGAUUAGCAAGCUCCCAUGAAAUGUAUUGAACAUUUGUGGUGAGUCUUCUUAAUUUUUAUCUUCUGUGUGUCUUAGUCUGUUUACUUAAUGUUCUUCCUAUGUGUAUGUGUGUGUGCGUGGAUGUAAAUUUGUGUGUGUGUGAAUGAAGUUGAAUGCCGUGUAAAAGCUUGGAGCAAAAACGAUUUAAUUUUCAUGAGAAGAUGGGAUUUUCAACAACAGAAGAUGAGAUGUUGAAAUCUUCAACAUAUCUGAUUAAUGCCUCUUAAGUUAGAAAUGAAAUUGUAACUAAUGAGAACAUUAAGGACUUUGCCCUGAUUAAAACCUGAACCAAGAUCAGCUUGCACCAGUGCAGACAACUCACAUCCUGACCAUUACAAAGUGUUUGUCGUUAUUUUUCUUUCAAUGCUUUGAUUCAGUUAAAUUUUAACAGCAAGUGAAAGUGACAAAAAUUUUAAAGUUAAGCAGUUUUUAUCACCAAGUGGUUUUGAAAUAUUUUGACUAAACUUUCAGGAACAUAAUUAGCUUCUUUCAAAGAAAAGUUCCAAAAUAUUUUUAGUAUUAACCUUUUUUUUUCUACCACCCUAGCCUUUUCAAUUAAAGGUACAGUGUUACUGUGGAAAUUACUUUUAAUUUUGUCUCUAACAAAACAAAUGUUGUAGUUGAACAAAUGUUUUAUGCUAAAACAUUCCAUUUGUGUUAAUUCAGAAAAAUAUGUCCUUAUUGUAGAUAUAAAGGUGAGGGGAAACUAGUGUUUGAAUAUUUUUUCAACAGGUAAAAAAACAUUAAAAAAUAAAACCUAAACUUAGUAACUAUUUUAAUAAUUUUUCUUUUACUUAAGAUUUUUGCUGUAAAAAACCUACCUAUUUCAAGAUCUAAGAAAGAAUUAUGAGACAUCUAAAAUUACCAAGGUCAAUUAGACCAUUGUAAAGGCAAUUUUUGAACCAUGUUGUAUCUACUAAAACAUUGUAAAAGAUCUUGUUACCAUAGUUUCUUUGCUAUAACGAUAUAUAUAUAUAGUUCUAAUAAUGUCUCUAAUAUGAACUGUGCAAAAGAGCUAGCUACCUUGAUUUCUUUGCAUAGUAUGUCAUAAGUUCCCAUAGCUCUUAAAUAGAAUACUGUUUAAGAGCUUGUGAUUAGUAGUUGUUACCUAGAACACUGCAGACAAAUUAGCUACUAUGGAUUCUACAUGUAGUAAGUUGUAUAGGAAUAUUUUCUUGUAAAUUAUUAUGUUGGGAUAAUUUCUUAACCUACAACAAUGUAAAGGUUUGUUGUCAUGGUUUCUUUACCUUGAACAUUAUAGAGUGAUUUGUUGUCAUGGUUUCUUUACCUUGAACGUUAUAGAGUAAUCUGUUGUCAUGGUUUCUUUACCUUGAACGUUAUAGAGUAAUCUGUUGUCAUGGUUUCUUUACCUAGAACAUCAUAGAGUCAUUUGUUGUCAUGGUUUCUUUACCUAGAACAUUAUAGAGUCAUUUGUUGUUGUGGUUUCUUUUCCUAGAGGUGGAAGUCAUACCUCACUAUGAAUUGGUUGACUCCAGGGAACAAGUGGGGGAACAAAAUAAUUUUUUGGUUGUUAGAAGUUAUAAUGCAAAUUUUCAUUAAAACAUUGAUCAAAACUAUAAUAUCUGAUUGAUAAGCUAAACUUUUCUGGUUAUAGUAUCUGUAUUAAAAUUUCCAUGGAAACAAGACCUUAAGUGUAAUUGCCGAUAUUGAUUAUAGAUUUAUCAAAGAUUCUUAUUUUCCAGAUGAUAAUCAAGAUUGUUUCCACAUUAGCGAAUGUUGUAAAGAAAUACCCAAAUAAUGUGGUAAAGAUUUACAUUUUGCUCCAAAAAAUUAUUUUAAAAAUUUCUUGAAAACUUAAAAUUAGUACUAGAACUUGAAUAAGUUUUUUAAUCUUGAAUGUUCAUGCACAGUAUAUGUGAUUAGGCUUGUUUUACAAACCUAUGUGUAAAUUAGGGUAGUGAGGAAAAAUAUUUUAUUGCUGGUUGUUGUUGUUGGAAACAUUGGUUGACAUAGGUGAAUUUUAAUUCCAAGAUGUAUAUGUUUUACUGGACUAUUAUAUUUCAUGUUUUGCAGACAUUUUGUUUAGAGUCUUAUUUUAUAAAGCUUCCUGUAUGAGGGCAGUGUUAUGAGCUAGAAACAGUUUAAUUAACUGAACCCUGUAUAAAAAAAGACAAUUUAUGUGAAAACAGAAUUAAUUUAAAUACUUAAUCAUUAGAAAAGUUUUAGACAUUAUUAACAACAAUUAUGUAGCCACCUACAUUUUAAAAUUUUAUUGUUAGUCAUAUAUUGUUUAGUUGGUAACUGAAAACAUUUGUACUGAUUGUGUUAGCUUUUCAGAUCAGCUGAAUUGAUAUAGAAGUUUAUAAAGAAACUUAUAUUAAAGGUGAUUCUUGUUAAACUUUGAUAAGCUAAUGAAAAAUUGAAAUCUAAGAAGCAUAUGCUGUAUGGAGUGAUUAUAAGUGUUGCAAUAAAAUGUUACAUUUUACCCCUCA